ACUCUAUUUCCAGGAUUGUGGUUAGCAGAAGAAGUAACAGCAGACUCUUACGAUGUUCCUGAGGCUGUGGAAACAUGAAAUUUGGGGUCAGCUUCUCUUUUUCUAUCCAAGAAAAAUGUAUCAACUUUGUUUUUCUUCUACUUUGUCAUUUUCGUUGUAAAAAAGGAAGAAAAAUAUAUAUGUAGCAAUGUGCUCAGUUUUAGUGAAUGAAGAAGCCAAUUUUACUUGGUUUCUUUUAUAUUCUUCUUUUGUUGUAAAAGAGAGACAUCUUGGUGUGUGUUUUUUUUCCGUUACCAAAAGCUAAUUGUAAUCUCUCCAUGGUAAUGGAAUCUCCAGGCUCUUUUUUUUUUGUUAUCAAUAAUUCAGCUCUCUGCAACUUUCUUACAUUGUUGUUCCUUAUUUAGUUUGUCUUGUUGCCUACUAUUAGCAGCUCAGGAGUUACUUAAAUUAGUAUCUUGCUAAGAUUAUGAGAAAAUUCUGAUCCUGUGUUUUGUAUAAGCUUUUUGGUUCUUGUGCAUGUUUGUGUCAAGAACUUACUGAGAAAUAGUGUUUGUGCUUUUUUUUAGACAAUUUUGACAACUUUGCAGGGUCAGACCAAGCUUUCCUUUUACAACAUCUCACUAUGCCCAAGGUUUUAUAGACAGCUUCCUUUCUCUUUGGUAAGUCAAGUUACAAACUUACAAACAGUGUUCCAAUUAUUGAACACCUGAGCUGGGAGACUUGUUACUUGCUGCAAUCAGGUUCUUAAAUAUUGAUUUGGUGUUCCAUUAUUGAUUGUUGUAUGGAAAAGAAAGAACAUUGUAGUUUUAAGUUUUGCAAGAUAAUGCAAGGAUGAUCAUAUACUGCUAAUUGAUCUAAAAAUCUUCAGAAAGGUUUCUUGCACUUUCAUGCUUCAGGGUUUAGAUCUUUUCUGCAGCUAACCAUCACUUCUAUAGAGUAUCCAAACCAUGUCGCAGGUGGAAGCCAUGAUCAGGCUGAUAAGAUAUCUCAUUAAAACACGUCAAUGUGGCUAAUGUUAGCAGUCACCAGCCUGUGUGGCGAGUAAGAGGGUACACGAUCCACGAGCAAUAUAAACUCUGUCGAAAAUAGAGAAGGAAGAACAAAAGAAUAAACAGUCCGUUGGACACCUAAAGUAGAGUCCUGCAAAAAAAAAGUCUCUGAGCAGAGUUUCAUCUUUCUAUCAAACUAAGCAAAACGGACCAUCAUGAUCUGCACGGAGUCAAACCACCAGCGGUUUUCGUUUGCUGGUGAUCUCGGCCAGUCCGAUAAAGGAACUCCUAUGGAACAACAACCAUCAGGCCCGGUCCGAAGAGACACCACUCUUUUGGAUUCAUCAAACUCAGAUUUCGAGUUCCACAUCUCAAGCAACUUUGAUCCUGGAGAUUCCUCACCAGCUGACGAGAUAUUUGCGGACGGCAUGAUCCUCCCAGUUCUUCCUUUCCAAGUCACAGCUACAUCCACCAUGCCAAAACGUCUCUACAAAUAUGAGCUCCCUCCUAUUGUCUCUGCUCCAACCUUAUCCUCUUAUCUUCCUCCUCUGCCUUUACCAUUGCCUGAACACUCAAGAAAAUACAGCGUGAAAGAAACUCGAGGAAGCCUAAAUGGACGAGGGAGCGGUGCAAAUUCGGAUUCAGAGGCAGAGAAAUCAUCAAAGUCGUUUUGGAGCUUCAAGAGAAGCUCAAGCCUGAACUGCGAUAUAAAGAAGAGUCUGAUCUGUUCGUUUCCUCGUUUAACGAGAAGCAAUUCCACAGGAUCAGUGGCGAUUUCGAAGAGGGAAAUGCUUAGGGACAUUAACAAGCAUAGCUCGCAGAGACAUGGAGUCCCACGUCCAGGGGUGAAUCCAUCAUCUCAUAUGCGUCCUCCUUCCUCUUUCUGCUGCAGCUCGUAUCAGUUCAGGCCACAAAAACACGCCGGAAAGAAUGGUGGCGGAAGAGGAGGAAGUUUUUGGAUUGCUCCGGUGAUCGGUGGUCCAUCUCCGUUUGGGUUAGGAUCCAUCUUACGACUUACGAAAGAGAAAAAAAAGAAGUAAUAACAGUUUUUGUUUUCCUUCCCAAAGUAGGACCAGUUUAAUACCAGACUCUUUUAACCAACUCUUUGUUUCAUUUUGUAACGCAUGAGAUUAUGCAACUAAUGCGAAAUUUUGUUAGUCUUUCAAAUGGUAAUUACGUAAUUUGAAUUUUC